ACGUCACAUCCAGCAAACCCGAUACGCACUGGGUUUUUAUAGACACAGGGUCGCACAUUGCGGUAACAGUGUUGUUAACGCAGAAAAAAAGAGGAGUUGUCUUUCUACACAGACAGUGCUGAUAUUUACAAAAGACCACUCAUACAAAAGGCGAGAGUUUGUCUCCAAGAUGAAUUUUGAGCAGCCUCCUCCGUACCCAGGCAAUGGCCCCACCGCCCCGGGCUACCCAGGCCAGGGCCCACCUCAACAGGGCUACCCCCCCCAGGGCUACCCUCCACAGGGAUACCCCGUGAACAUGGAGCAGCCGAACGCCGCGUACCCCAACUACCCUGCAGGACAGAUGGGCCCCGGAGGUCCUUACCCUGGCCCUGGACAGCCUGCUUACGGAUACCCAGGUCAACCGCAGCCUCAGUUUGGCUGGCAGGGGGGGGCCCCCCCUGGGCCCAUGUACGGGGAGGCUCCCAAAAACACAGUGUACGUGGUGGAGGACAGGAGAAGGGACGACUCAGGAGACACGUGCCUGACAGCCUGCUGGACUGCUCUCUGUUGCUGUUGUCUCUGGGACAUGCUGACAUAACUCGCCCCCCCCCGUGUUCGCCCCCCAUUUCUGUGCCUCAAGCCCUCCCCUCAUCUGCCUUAUACCUCGCACUCCUUUUACAAAUCCACCCCAAGUCUUGCCCGUCUAUAAAUAAAAGCCUUGAUUCCCAUAUGGAAGUCUCAUCUACCUUGAUGUGACCCCCCCCAGCACUGACCGGCCCACCCUGUCCAGGGGCUACUCCGUAGCAGCUUGUACCUAGCUUCUAAACAUAACCCUACGUUUCAGGCUCCUCUUUAGAAUCCUACACUAACGCACAACAGGCGCACACACACACACACACACACACACACGGUACACUUGGAUCUCAGGCUCAUCUGGUGUGAGGCUUUCUUGGCACUUUAUGAUGAUUACCUCUAUAAGAUACUACUCCUGUUUGCCAUGUCAACCAUCUCCAGCACUCCCUUCUGCUUCACCGAGGGUAAGCCCAUUACCGCGGACCCCCUCCCCUCUACACUCCAAAGGGCCGUUGACGAGCCACUGGCCGCUAUUAAGUUAACGCCUGAAAUGUGUCCCUUUCAGUUGCACAGGGGAUGUUUUUUUGCCGACGUAUGUCCUCCGGUGGAAUCAUAUGAAUGCGUUUUUAAAGAUGACAGCGAUUUGUUUGAUUACUGUUAACAGUCAAUGGCCACAUGUUUUGUUCCAUGAUCUUGUUAUGAAAAAAAAGAAUCCAAUGUUGUUUUUAUUAUAAAGCUUGGAAAUAAAACUGAAAAUAUGAAAAAAUUGCUUGCUUAACAGAAGACACCAAAUGACCUGUCGGAUGCCUUUUGUUUUGCCUUGAUGAGAAACUUGCAUUAAAAUGAGUUAUUCCCAUAAAG